GUUUAACGACCGACAUUUACAUGUCAGUGACUAGGCACGGCAAAUGCAUUCAACUUCCUUGUCCAAUUUUAAAAAUUCUUAAAUAGUAGCUAUAAAACAACAGAUAAAUCAGAAAAAGGAUGGCUUUAUCAAGUGGGAAAGUAUGUGGUUCGUGUGACGUACAACACAUCACAGAAGCUGCCAUUGUGUGGUGUACGACCUGUGAAGAGGGCUUAUGUAGGACAUGCUUGGGUCAUCAUAAGAUUAACAAGGCGAGCCGAAAACACGAGACAAUACCUAUCAAUCAGUAUGCAAGUCUUGAAACAUUUUCUUUCAGCAUCAAGCAGGUGUGCGAGAAACAUGACCAGAUGAUAGGAUUUUACUGCCUUGACCACGAGGGGACUGCCUGCGGAUUGUGCAUACCGGAAACUCAUCGGCAGUGCACUGGACUAAAACCAAUAGACGAACUUGUCCGUCAUGCAAAGAAUUCUGCCAACAUAUUAGACAUCGAAAGAGGUUUUGAAGAAAUUGGAAAAACUCUGGAAAAGCUUCAAAAUAACAGAAAACAGAAUAUCGAUACAAUAAAAGACGACAAGAAAACAAUCUCUAUAAAAAUCAGGGCUUUAAAGGAACGGUUAACUAAACGAUUAGACGAGAUGGAGGCAAACAUAUUGAAAGCUUUAGAUACUAAAGUCAGUCUAAAUUUGUCAGAACUUGACCAGUUGGUGUCAAAAAUAAAAGAAAAGGAACAAAGCCUUGAACAGACCAGGAAAUCAAUAAAACAAGUAAAAGAAGGUUUAUCAGAUGUUCAGGUCUUCUUAGUUACAAAAAGUCUUAAAGCAAAAUUAUGUGAAGAAGAAAAUUUGGCUUCGAAAAUUUGUCAGCAAGAUGCUGCACGCGGGUGUUCCCUUAUGCUACAAAUAAACCCACAGUUAGAGCAACUGUUUUCCGAAUUGAAUUCUUACGGCGAAAUACAAACUGUUAAGAGGCCGUGUCAGAUUAAGGUAGGAGCAUGGGAUCAGAAGAGAGCACAGUUAGUUGUACCAACUACAGCAAUCCGAGAUAUAGAUAAGAUGCAACUAAAACUAGAACAGAAAAUUCAGUUGCAGGAAGGGGUUUAUGCAGGAUGCAUUAUUGUACCUGGAGGCAGAAUGGUUUUUGCUCUCUGUGAAAAAAAUCAAAUAUCAGUGUACAGAAAGGAUGGACAGAAUUCUACAAGUAUUGAUGUUGGACGUUAUCCUUACGAUUUAGCAGUGAUUACUAAUAAUACUGUGGCAGUAUCAUGUAGUGAUUCUGAAUCAAUCAAUAUAGUGAACAUUGAUGAGUGUGUGGUGACGCAAAACAUUGAUGUCAACGGAACAUGUCACGGCUUAUCUUACUACAAGGACAAAUUCUACGUCCUCAUCCAAAAUAAAGGAAUCCAUGAGUUUGAUUUAGAUGGAUAUUUUGUCAGAGAAAUCCCGGUAGACAUUUCUACAGAAUUUGGUUACUUAUCCAUGUCCAAUGACAAGUUCGUUUAUAGUAGUAAUGAUGUUUAUAAUCCAGACAAUCGCUACAUUGCAUGCUGUGAUUUCAGUGGAAAAGAGAUAUGGCGAUCAUCUUCUGCUGAUUCUGGUGUUUCAUUCGAUCAGUUUGGAAAUUGCUUUGCUGCAAACUUCUGGUCCUAUUCAAUUGAAAUCAUAUCUGCCGACGGUAAAAGAGAACAUCAACUUUUGUCAAGUAUUGAUAUGAUUUAUGCACCUGAAGGUGUGUACUUUGAGAAAAGUAGUAACACUUUACUUGUUAUCUGGAGCAACUGGAAGGCAGUCCUGUAUCGUGUCAUUUGACUUGCACAUUAAAUUCUUUUUACGAACAAAAAUAACUGAAAUCCAAGAACUAUUGUGUAGUUGCCCUAAAUUCGAAAAUUUUAUGUUCCAUUGUUUGUACAAUAAACUCAGCAUAGCCAUAAUACCAGAAUUAAAGUUGUAUACGUCAGACGCGCGUUUCGUCUACAAAAUACUCAUCCGUGACGCUCGAUAAAAAAGGUAAAAAAAAAGCCAAAGUAUGAAGUUAAAAGCAUCUUGCUGUAACGUUGGUAGCCUAUAUAUAUUAACUAAGAGACAAGCCAUGUGUACUGGUUAACAUACUUUAAUAUAAUGCUAGAGCUAAGUAAACAACACAAAUACAUAUUGCAAUAUGACGCGCCCUUAUCUGCUAUGUCUAUCCACACAACACGUGCGUGAACUCUUGAACUAUAUAAAUAUUUAUGAAUGAAUGAAAGUUACAAUACUAUAUCUCUUCCUUUCUCAGAUUAAAGUUCUACUUUAAUUAAUUAUAUUACUGUCUGUGUAGUCAUAAAAUCUGUAACUGUCUGUGUAUUAACAAAUAAAGUGAUAAGAUGCGUAAAA